AUGCUGGCCGAUAAGGCUGGUGUUAAAGUAGGCCACCGUCCGUACUUCACAGAUCCGGACAGAAGUGAUCUCUGAGACUUAUUUGAUAUAAUCGCAGUACUUACGCUAGCUCGAAGUCCAGAAAUUUCUUUCGAAGAUUUUGCGCAACUUUAUGAUGCAGUUCUGAGACGUUCGGCCCACCAGUGCACCCACCUCCGUUCCGCAUGUGGAAAAGACGCAUUUACAUUUCUCAAUGCCACUCUUCUUUAAUUUUGUCAAAAAUUAAUGUAAGGACUCAAAAUAAAGUUAUCAGGCUUGGACUUAAAUUCGAAGCAACUCACAGUAACUACAGCGGAGUUACCGCUUACUAUCGAGAUUUCAGCCUCGCCCCGGGCUUUACGACCAAACAUAUCUGUCUGAUCUGGGCAGGCAGUGAAACUUUUGAGUUAGUAGGCUAAGCGAAGGUGGAAUCAACCAUCAGAUCAGUCAGCCCCGGCAGUCUUUGGUCUAGUUGGUGAGAGGUCAGUACAAAGACCGGGCUACAUUAGCACAUAUAUCCGUCCCAAGGCGUUUGUUCUUUUCCCAACUUACAGCUACCGAAACCAGCGCGUGACAAUGCACACUUCAAUAUUUCUAUAGCUCACACUACGAGUACACACGUCUAUGUUUCUGGUCGCGAGUAUUGUUCACUGCAAUAGCUACCCCAGUAUACCCUCCUAUCCGUUGGUAAUCCGCCGUUCUUAUUGGUUUGGCCGCUCUGCGAUCUAGUAGGUGGUGUCUGAGAAGACGGUCAGAGGGACGACUGCGACACAAAAACUCCAUUCCUUAUUGAGAUGGUGGCGCCAAUAAAUACUGCUCUCACCCGACUCUACGCUCUGCAAUGGACAGCAGGACUGCUUUCAUUACGACUGAUUUCCUCUUAGCAGAAAGACAGUCUUAGUCUUACCAGUUUCCAUAUUCAUUUGGGACCCCUAAAGUCCAACGACACAACCAGAAGUGACUAUGAUGUUUUUCGACACGGCCAAGCAAUUUGCAUCCACCUCACCCGUAUGUAGCACAAACUCUCCCUCAAACACCUGGAUUAAACAAUUCAUAUGGCGGUUCAUGUUCCCCAGAAAGCCCAAAACCCAUUCCUCGCCACCAAUACCACACACUCGUAACUUCCUUAGCAACCAUCCUCACUGCACGGGUGGAGCAAUUUUGUCUCACUACAGCGGCUGCUAUCCUGACGAAUUAUUUACCCCGAACUGACAUUCAAAACCUUUAUGACAUGGCGCCUUCAAUAAACCUUUCCACAGACAAGUGGGCAGACUUUCUGCUCUUACCGUCAGGGCGGGUCACGCCACAAAUUUUUUAACAGGAAACUUAGCUAGGCAGUCAGUAAUAGGAGUCUGGAGCAUCAAGACGGAGAAUUGACAUGUUGAUGCUUGCCGAUUUCUCUCAAGUUUGUUGACACUGCUUCUCGAGCCGAACCGCUCACAGCUGCGCCAUGCAGCGGCAGAAUACCGGCGAAACACGCGUAUACGGGCUUUUGAUUAGCACCUGUGCUGUGGGUAUGGUAUCACCCUACUCUAAAGUGUACUACUAGCUGCCUGUCGGCAGUUAAUGAAUAUUAUGCGGUUACCCGCUGUGGCUGAUGGACUUCGGCCCAUAAAAGUCUCGGUCUGAGUCUACAGACCUUGAAUAAACUGAUUUGCUCCAAGUUCGUAGUUAAUUUCUAAGGAAAUUAAAAAACGACAAUUUCUAAAUUGGAGUAUCUACCAGAAAACAGACGGAGAAUGCUGGGGCACCCACUGACGAUCCGAACUCCUCGCAGCUGCGCCAUGCAGCGGCAGAAUAUCGGCGAAACACGCGUGUAUGGGCUUUUGCUUAGUACCUGUGCUCUAAGUAUGGUAUCAUCUUACCCUAAAGUAUAAGAACUGGCUUUACUUGCGCGAGGCAGUGUUUAGAAACGUCAAUGCUAACGGUAGCGACUUGUACUGCCUGUCCCAGACUUUUCAAGAGUAGAAGAAGACUCUCCCAAUAAGGCUGCUAUCCAUAUUGGCAUUGUAAUUUUGUUAGCAGUCAAAGGCCACUCUACUAGGGAUCCGGCAAGUCUAAAUCCCGCUCAAAGAAGAUAGCUACUCGUACUCUGAACUGGCAGGACACACGCUAGACGUCAGUGGUGGAGGGGCCAUCUGUCGAACCAACAAAAAUGGCAGGUUGAUUUUACGAACUGCACAAGUGGCAUAAGAUUAGUACCCCCUCCUACCAACUCUAUCGUCCUACAUGACAAAUGAGUCGUCAGAGCCUCAUUUUUUCACGUCUGACUAACAUGGCUGUCAGUCCUUGGAUGAAUUAAAGGGGUCCUGAGUCACCGCAUAGGGGGCCGUGCCACCUCAAAAAACGUUGCCUUCGCAUCCUAAAAUGCAGCCUUGAUAUGACAAAGACUUGUUCUUUAAAUGCUAGCAGGAAGAAGUCACAGUUGCCGUCUGUGUGCUCCCAGAGGCACAACUUCUGACUUAGAGGCCCUUGGUAGUGCUUCACACCAGAUCACGUACAUGUUGGCGACCGCUUGCAAUGCUCGGCUGCAGGCUAAACCAUGAGUUCCACUCCCGUCGAAGUCUUGGCUGAUGGCCAGAAAUAUCAUCCCAAGCCCAUAAUCACGACGGCAGAAUGUUUUGGGGGGUAUGCUUUCGGUGCAUGGGUCAAGUGACCUUGAAAUUCAUCCACACUGGUCGCAGGACUGUAGUAGCAUUUACUAACUGGGAAUUAAGGUCCCAGGUAUCGUAAGUGGAAAACUACCUCCCCCCAGUUUGCACUAGCACCGUCGUAGAAAUAAGGUACCGUCCAAUAGGACUCUGCGGAUAUGCUUGAACGGUUUUUACGACCGCCUUGUGCCAUUAAACGAACAAGCUAUUUAACGAAAAAUUUAUGACGACUACUACGAUCCCGAUAUCCAAGUAUUAGAGUGGUUUCUUCCUUGGCGUGCAAUGCCCGGCAUUUCCACUACCCAGAAUUCAGUGCACUUGCUUUUCAUUUUGCAGUCUUUGUUAAUUUUAACUGUGCUCGCAUGUCUCCAGAGCUACUCAUUUUACAGAAUUUAUUUUGUUUCACCGUCUACUCUAUAGGUUUGGCUGGCGGCGAUUCAGAAGAUUCCUUUUCUACACAAAUGGAAGACAAACUUUCCGCCUUCCAUUCAUGGGUAAACAGUCUGAAUAAGCCACUCACCUACCCCGGGACUUCUCUGCUCCGUAUAUCCGACAGCAUCUCCAUUGGCGACCGGGGACUUGUCGCUUCUACAGAAAUUAAACCAAACCAGUGCAUUCUAUCAAUCACACUUCUCGAUCCUCGACUUCUUCUAACUCCCAGCAGAGCGCUCCGUCUUCUGACUCUCUGCGACUGUGAUUCAGUUGAUAUUAGAACCAACGCCCAUGUGGAACCGAUGGAUGCCCUUGUCCUUUUCUUCCUUCAUCUCCGGUGUGCCUCACUUCAGUGCUCCGAGUCCUGUCUCUUACUGCCAUUGUGGAGGCCCUACCUGGAGGUUUUGCCGUCUCACUUUACGGAUGUUGCUUUCGUUUCGAUCCGUCACCCCGAUCUCUACGCGCGCGUCUUGUCCACCCUCCCAUCGGACGUGAGUUUUGCUUUCAGAAAACAGUCCUCUCGCGCCCGCACUGCCUUUGAACGCCUCUUCGGUAGCGGUGGAUCACAGGCCUAUCAGCAGCCCCGUAUGCUAGCGAACUUUGCGUGGGCCUGGUCACUAGUUAAUUCGCGUUGUGUCUACUGUAAACUUAGCCAGGACGUAGAUGAAAGAACGUCGGGCUUCCCUCUCCUUGGCCACCAAGUCCUUAAACAGAAAAAGUACUGCAUGAUAAAUUCUCAGAAGGCCUCGGACUUGGCAAUUGUGCCUUUCUUUGAUUUCUUUAAUCAUUCUCCUGCGGUCUCCGUAAAACUAAAUUUGGACGGAAACUGCGUACGGCUUUCGUCUUCUGGCGGUACUCUAUCAGGUGAUCAGGUUAGUCGCUUGCCGUUUUUCCGAUUUACUGGAAUAUUGUAGGAAUUUAGGUCCCGUGUCGGACCUAAGAUCCACCAUAAGCGCAUGAAUAGAAACGUCGAACUGCCCAAACCAUCACGUUUAAAUGUUAGCCAUGAGUGUAGUGAGUGGAAUGAAAUGUCCAGAAUUUUGAGAACAAUCGCCAAUAACUCGGUAACCGACCCUAUUGCAUCCAGUAGAAUAAAACAAAAAAUAAACUACUUCAUGUGAAUUUCCAGAAUUUCCAAACUGAAUUUCUUAAAUUAAGACGUCUACUUCUUUCUUGAAAAGGAAGCAAUUUCGGACUUCUUGUCUCACCUGAUUUACGCUAGUGGAGGAAUCGUCAUCGCAAUUUGCAAGAACUGUUUAUGAAAACUCCUCCCAUUUGUGUUAAUGACCUAUUUCAUAAAAGCACACAAGUACACAGAUCUUGUCUGCCAUAGAACUAGUGUUGAAAAUAAUUUUUUUCUGCGUGGGAAGGUCUAUUUUCAGCCAAAACUUCCUCGUUUUCGUUAAUGACGCAGCUCACCACCGUAUCUUUCAUAAGCAGGUAUCUUUUCACAACCAAUAUGCCGCCACCGGACGAUUUGCGUUUCGUUCACUAUGUUUCAUCAAUUUCGCCACCUACUGUAUGCGGGAACUCUAUGUUAAGACGCAUCGCAGUUUAUCGUAAUAAUGUCGAGCGAUAUCGACAUCGGCCUCAGCGCGGCCUUUUAUAAGUUCCCGAUAUUUUGGGCUAAAAGGACCUGGCGUCUGCAGGUAUACGUAUGCUUGGUCUUUGGUCAGUUAUCACAAGAGGGGGCUGCCAGCUGGCCAAUGCUGUCGCUCAAUAAGGCCUCUGAAGUGUAUCCUUCGAUAAAACCUAUUUCUUUUCUUAAAUUUUAAUUUAAUGACAGGAUUUUGUGAGGCGGUGAAGGUCUCACCGAGUUGAAAACGGAGUUAGGCUCUCGCUCUUAUCACCAACAGUAGCAGGCUUAUCUCCUGAAGUGUUGACUGGAAUUCUGAUUAGGAAGGAUUACUUAUGCGGCGUUGCUAUGUUGAUUAUCGUGUAACAUAGUCCCAUGAUAUUUCAGUCACAUCGGAAUGCCGGUCUUCUUUCCAUCCUCCGGAGUAACAUACCAGUUGUUCAUCAGUUUUCGAUGCCCCUAUAAAUUCAAGUAUAUUUUACAGAAAAUAUACGCGGAAAACAUUCUCUCUUGUUCUCAUUUGGUAGCAAAUUACGUCUCCUUCAACUUUUAUACUUGAAGAAAGGGCAUAUUCCGGUUUAGAAAAAGUUUGUAAUGAUUUUGAAGACCAUGAAGCGCCCAUACAUACAGCAUGGUAUCUGCCCGUUUGUUACUGCUGCCUGUGAGGUAUGCAACAUGGUUCAUAUUCAUUGCAAAAUUUUAUGAGUCUUGCAUGUUAUCUUAAUGGAGUAGAAAAAUGCUUGGUUCUCCCUACAUGGGAAAUACACAGCUUGUAGUUUGCAAACCCUUAGCGCUAGUUCAACUGCUGGUUGGGUCCAAAAUCAUUCGAGGGUCGAAAAUUGUCCUAAAAACCUAAAAGUACCCCCCCCCCUACAAGUACAGGAUUUACAGAAGACGUGAUUUGCUGCCAAGUGAGUAUAAAAAAGCAUGUUUAUACAUUUUUUUUCUGCAGAAUAUUAUCUCUGAAUUUGUAAGGGCAUCGAAAAUCGACGCUAAAAUGCAUGCUACUUAGAUAGCCACUUUUGGCGAGUGGGGUUUUCGCAGCAGCCGGAAAGGAGCUCAUUCAAAAGCCGAAAUUUCUAGUCGAAAACACUUUUCGGGAUUUUGGAUAACUUUUUGUGUGAUAGGCCAUCUGCUGUAAGUGGCUUCAUGCGCGCCAUUUAGAGACUGAUAUUUUGCCUUAAAAUUUAUAGCAACCAUAUUUCACCUUAUGGCCAUAUUUGUAAUUAUUUGUGCAAUCAUUUCAGGUCUUCAUCAACUACGGUGACCACGACAAUCUGUUCCUUCUGUGCGAGUACGGAUUUUGCUUACCUGAUGGCCUAAAUCCAUCAGACGUCUACUUCCCAACAUAUAGCGACUUGCUUAUCGUCUCGCCCAGGAUCUCAGAUAAGCUUGACCAUGUUCUUACUGAGUUGCAUAUCGACGGAGACAUCGGUGAUCAGUCUUCCGAUCCGUCCGAUUGUGCUAAUCGCCAUUGGAAGUCUGUGUUCAUCACCAGAAGUGGACCAUCCUACUUCCUCCUCCUCAUUCUCUACGCGCUUUCUCUUGGAUCGAGCGAGCUACCUUCCGCUAACCAGCUCUUUGCCAUUGACGAAGACGAGUGCCUUGCACUCGCAAAGCCACUUUUUCUGACCCUAGUAACAAGUGCUCUAGUCCAAACAAGACAGACCUUGCAGCAACUGGAUAGCGCCAUGACCGAAGAAGAGAAGAGCGGUUUUGUGGGCCAAGUAGUUUCUCUUCUUCGUUCAAGAUGCCUCUUCUUCUCUUCGCUAAUAAACGAAUCAACGCAGAUGGCCAAGACCUGA